GGGCCCUUUCCCCGUAACCGAAGCCAGAGCAGCUGUGGCAGGCCCGGAACAUGACCUCCACCCCCGACUACGAUCACUUGGAGAUUCAGCAGCAAUACGGCCGGAUCAACGCGCGCUGGGAAGCCUCGGACGAUGAGCUGGACAACGACAACAGCUCCGCACGGCUCUUCGAGAGAUCCCGCAUCAAAGCUCUGGCAGAUGAGCGGGAAGCCGUGCAGAAGAAAACCUUCAUCAAGUGGGUGAACUCACACCUUGCUCGCAUGACCUGCCGCAUUUCCGAUCUCUACCUGGACCUCCGAGACGGGCGGAUGCUGAUCAAGCUCUUGGAAGUGCUUUCGGGAGAGCCCCUGCCCAAGCCCACCAAGGGACGGAUGCGCAUCCACUGCCUGGAGAACGUGGACAAGGCGCUGCAGUUCCUCAAGGAGAAGCAUGUGCACCUGGAGAACAUGGGCUCCCACGACAUUGUGGAUGGCAACCACCGACUGGUGCUGGGCCUCAUCUGGACCAUCAUCCUCCGCUUCCAGAUCGAAGACAUCAUCGUGCAGACUCCGGAAGGCCGCGAGACGCGCUCUGCCAAGGAAGCGCUGCUGCUCUGGUGUCAGAUGAAGACCGCGGGCUAUCCCCACGUUAACGUGACCAACUUCACCUCCAGCUGGAAGGACGGCCUGGCCUUCAACGCCCUGAUCCACAAGCACAGGCCCGACUUGAUUGACUUUAAGAACCUGGAGCAUUCGAACGCCCGGCACAACUUGGAGCAUGCCUUCAGUGUGGCCGAGCGGCAGCUGGGCAUCACCCAGCUCCUCGACCCAGAAGAUGUCUUCACGGAGAACCCCGAUGAGAAAUCCAUCAUCACUUAUGUGGUGGCGUUUUACCACUACUUCUCCAAGAUGAAGGUUCUGGCGGUGGAAGGGAAACGGGUCGGCAAGGUGAUGGACCACUUGAUGGAGACGGAGAGGAUGAUUGAGAGGUACGGAGGGCUGGCCUCUGACCUGCUGACCUGGAUCGAGCAAACCAUCACCGUUCUCAACAGCCGCACGUUUGCCAACUCCCUGACGGGGGUGCAGCAGCAGCUGCAGUGUUUCAGCACCUACCGCACCGUGGAAAAGCCCCCCAAGUUCCAGGAGAAGGGGAAUCUCGAGGUUCUGCUCUUCACCAUCCAGUCCCGGAUGCGAGCUAACAACCAGAAAGCGUACACCCCUCACGAAGGGAGACUCGUGUCCGACAUCAACCGGGCCUGGGAACGGCUGGAGAAGGCGGAGCACGAGCGGGAGCUGGCCCUGAGAAACGAGCUCAUUCGGCAGGAGAAGCUGGAGCAGCUGGCCAGGCGCUUCGACCGCAAGGCGGCCAUGCGGGAGACGUGGCUGAGUGAAAACCAGCGCCUGCUGGCCCAGGAUAAUUUCGGCUGUGACCUGCCGGCGGUGGAGGCUGCCAAGAAGAAGCAUGAGGCCAUCGAGACGGACACGGCGGCCUACAAGGAGCGGGUGCAGGCCAUCGAGGAGGUGGCCCGGGAGCUGGAGGCGGAGAACUACCAUGACAUCAAGCGCAUCAAGGCCCGGAAGGACAACAUCCUGCGGCUGUGGGACUACCUGCUGGAGCUGCUCCACGCCCGGCGCCAGCGGCUCGAGAAGAACCUGACGCUGCAGCAGCUCUUCCAGAACAUGCUUCAAGGCAUCAACUGGAUGGACGAGAUGAAGGUGAGGCUGGGGGUUUUCCUGCCUUUGCAGCUCACCCUCUGGAUCGACGAGAAGAUACUGACGGCUCAGGACGCGUCCUAUGACGAAGCCCGGAACCUGCACAGCAAGUGGCUGAAGCACCAGGCCUUCAUGGCUGAGCUGGCCUCUCACCAAGGCUGGCUGGAGAAGGUGGAUGAGGACGGGCGGCAGCUGUGCCGGGAGAAGCCCCAGUUCGGGGCGGUGGUCUCGCAGAGGCUGACGGAGCUGCACCAGCUCUGGGACAAGCUCCAGUCGACAACAGAGGAGAAGGCCCAGCACCUCUUCGAUGCCAACCACUCAGAUCUGUACGCGCAGAGCUUUUCCGACCUGGACAGGUGGAUAGGAGAGAUGGAGACGCAGCUGCAGUCGGAUGAGCAGGGCACCGACCUGACAAGCACCAACAGGCUGCUAAAGAAGCUGAUGAGACUCGAUGAGCAAGUGAGCAGGCGGAAGAGAGAGAUGGAAGAGCUGCUCUCGCAGGCCCCUCCACCCAGAGGGGACGUGCACGAGGCCGACAGCAAGCAGCAGAGCAUCGAGAGGAGGUUCCUGGAUCUCCUGGAGCCCUUGGGGAAGAGGAGGAAGGAGCUGGAGUCGUCCAGAGCCAAGUACCAGCUCAACUGGGAUCUGGCAGACGAAACGCUCUGGGUGCAGGAGAGGCUGCCCCUGGCCAGAUCCACUGACCACGGCGCCAACCUCCAGACCGUGCAGCUUCUGAUGAAGAAGAAUCAGACACUGCAGAAGGAGAUCGCGGGCCAUUCCCCGCGGGUGGAGGACGUCCUGCGCAGGGCCGAGCGCACGGUGGCGGCGGCCGACGGGGACUGCAGCGCCGUGGAGGAGCGGCGGCGGGUGCUGAAGGAGUCGUGGAGCGCUUUGCAGGAGGAGACGGGGAGGAGGUGGCGGCGGCUGCAGCAGGCGAACGAGGCCCAGCAGUACUACCUGGACGUCGGCGAGGCAGAGGCCUGGAUCAGCGAGCAAGAGCUCUACGUGGUGGCUGAUGAGAAGCCACAGGAUGAAGAGAGCAGCAUCGUUAUGCUGAAGAGACAUCUCCGCCAGCAGCGCACCAUGGAGGAUUAUGGCAAAAACAUCAAGCAGCUGGCUGGCAGGGCGCAGACGCUGCUCUCCGCGGGCCAUCCGGAGGGGGAGGAGAUCAUCCGGCUGCAGGGACGGGUGGAUAAGCAGUAUGCGGGGCUGAAGGACCUGGCGGAGAAGCGCCGGCACAGGCUGGAGAACAUGUACCACCUGUUCCAGCUGAAGCGGGAGGUGGACGACCUGGAGCAGUGGAUCGCGGAGCGCGACCUGGCCGCCUCCUCCCAGGAGAUGGGGCAGGACUACGACCAUGUCACGCUGCUGCGGGAGAAGUUCCGGGACUUUGCGCGGGAGACGGGCAGCGUGGGGCAGGAGCGUGUGGACAACGUGAACCUGGUCAUCGAGCAGCUGAUCGAUGCUGGCCACUCGGAGGCCGCCACCAUGGCCGAGUGGAAGGACGGGCUGAACGAGAGCUGGGCCGACCUGCUGGAGCUCAUUGACACGCGCAUGCAGCUGCUGACCACCUCCUACGAGCUGCACAAGUACUUCUACGAUGGCACGGAGAUCCUGGGGCUCAUCCAGGAGAAGCAGCGGGAGCUGCCCGCGGAGCUGGGCCAGGACGCCCACACCGCCGAGUCCUUCCACCGCAUGCACACGGCCUUCGAGCGCGACAUCCGCCUGCUGGAGGGGCAGGUCCAGCAGUUCCGGGAGGUAGCAGCGCGGCUGCAGACAGCCUAUGCGGGGGAAAAAGCCGAUGUGAUCCAGAGGCAAGAGGAGGAGGUGGUGAGGGCCUGGAAGGCCCUGCUGGAUGCCUGCAGUGGGCGGCGGGCACAGCUGGUGGACACGGCCGAGAAAUUCCGCUUCUUCAGCAUGGUCCGGGACCUCCUGUCUUGGAUGGAGAGCAUCGCCCGGCAGAUCGAAACCCAGGAGAAGCCCAGAGAUGUCUCGUCCGUGGAGUUGCUGAUGAAAUACCACCAGGGGAUCAAGUCCGAGAUUGAAACCAGGCAGAAGAGCUUCGCCAGCUGUGUCGACCUGGGGAAGAAGCUGCUGCAGCGCAGACACCAAGCAGGCGCCGAGAUCAAGGAGAAGCUGCUGCAGCUGACUGAGAAGAGGCGUGAGAUGGUGGAGAUGUGGGACAGACGCUGGGACUGGCUCCGCCUGUGUGAGUGCCACACGGGCAUGUCGGUGGUGGGGGCGGGUUGGUGGGCACCAGGAAGCUGCUAG